GAUUGUUCGUCAGCACUCUCCAGCAUUUCCUGUGCAUCCUUCUCUGGUUUGACCUCUGGUAACACAGCUGUAAGUGGGAUGCCUGCUUUCCCUAUGACUACCUAUCAACAACCCUUCACAGGGAUCUUUGAUGACUCUGUUAAUGAUAUUGAUGAUGCCGAAAUGGAGACAAUCGAUCUGUCUGAUGAAGUAAAAGUUGAGGACAGUUGUGUUGUCAUGGAUAAUGAAAUACUCCAUGCUGUCUCAUGCAGACCAAGAAAAUUUAGAUCAUUCAAGAAACUGAUUCAGGAGGCUUUUGCUUCGAGAAGGAGAUUAAUCAAGGAGUAUGAGCAGUUGUCAAUUCGAUUUGGUGACAUUGAGGCAGAUACCAGCUUCCAUUCAGAGCUGUUUCUUUCACCUUACAUGCCAUCUGCAUCAAGACCUUCACAAGCACAUGAUUUGGGUGAGUCAGAGUGGGAGCUUCUGUAAGGUUCAUUGAUCCUUGGUUGCAACUAUGCAGCCAAAUGUGCUCUACACAUUUCUUCCCUAGGCAGGUCUCUGUAAUGAAUCUCAAGCUGUCCUACGUCAAUAAGGGGGUUCAGAUUCUUUUAAAGUCUGCUGAAGCAACUAAAAGUAAAUAACACAAUCAUACAUUUUCUCCAAACCAUGAGCUGAUGGUUUUUCUUGCAAUAGCCCAGCAUUGACAACGCCUGAAUCAUAUAAAUGAAAAUGUACGAUUUUUGGCAGUAA